CAGGAAGCGACGUCAUUUCGCACCAACGAAGAAGGCGGCUUCAAUUCACGGUGAGCUCCAUGUUCUUAUGCAGUUCUGUGGAAGCGGCCAUACUUUCAAUUUGCUCUUCGCGCUGUUGUCAAACACGGACGUGAAGGAACAUGUCGGGAAUAGCAGAGAUGUCUAAAGAAAUGUCGGAAUUGGAGGAACCUAAGCCAAGCGGGGAAGAAGGCGAAGAGGAGCCCGAGUUUGACGAUGUUAGCGACCAACACCGAGGCGGAUACGUGUUUUACAGGGACAGGAAAGAAUGGGCAGACCUUGUGCCGGUUCCGCAGGAUGACGGCCCCAAUCCCAUAGUGAAGAUUGCAUAUUCAGAGAAAUUCACUGAUGUGUUCGACUAUUUCCGAGCGCUGCUGAAGAACGACGAAAGAAGUGACAGGGCGUUUACGCUGACAGCUGAAGCAAUCGAACUGAACGCUGCCAAUUACACUGUAUGGCACUACCGUCGAGUGUUGCUGCAGGCCUUGGAAAAAGACCUGCGAGAGGAGAUGCGCUAUAUCACCGCGAUCAUUGAGGACCAACCCAAAAACUACCAGGUUUGGCACCACAGGCGCAUGGUAGUAGAGUGGCUGAAUGAUCCCUCGGAGGAGCUGGAGUUUAUUGCGGACAUCCUCAGCCAGGAUGCCAAGAACUACCACGCCUGGCAGCAUCGGCAGUGGGUAAUCCAGGAGUACAAACUGUGGGACAACGAGCUGGAGUACGUCGAGCAGCUGCUGGAGGAGGACGUGCGGAACAACUCCGUCUGGAACCAGAGGCACUACGUCAUAUCCCACACCACGGGCUACUCCGAGCCCGCCGUACUGCAGAGGGAGGUGCAGUACAGUCUGGAGCAGAUCAAAAAGGCUCCGCACAACGAGAGCGCCUGGAACUAUCUCAGGGGCAUCCUGCAGGACCGCGGGCUGUCCUCCCACCAGGGCCUGCUGGAGCAGGUCCUGGAGCUCCAGAAGUGCCACAGCUCCUCCUACCUCUCCGCCUUCCUGGUGGACAUCUACGAGGACCUGCUGGAGGACCCCGGAGACCACCGAGAGGAGAACCUGGCCAAGGCCGUGGAGCUGUGCGAGGCGCUGGCCGGUGAGGUCGACACCAUACGCAAGGAGUACUGGAAAUACAUCGGCCAGUCCCUGCGGAGCAAGUACGGCACCAGCUGUGGUGAUGCCAACCCGCCCUCGUCAAAAGAAGCGCAGACCCCUGCAGAGGACUAACAGAGGCACCUUGCCUUACUAGGACAGUGCUCUUCAUCAAGGCUGAGUUUGAGUUUUUUUUUUUUUUUUUGUUUUUUUUAUCCCUUACCUACCAUUGCAAAAGGAAAUAAAGUAUUUUAGUCCAAGCAUUUGCUGGAAUAUUUUCUAUGGUAAAUGUAGUCCUUAACUUAAAAAAAAAAAAAAAAAGAAGGAAAACAAAAAAAAAGAAAGUAUGAAUCCUGCAUAUCACAAUAUGUCUGUGGCUGUUGAGGACGCUUGAUGAUUGAAAUGUUGCCAAAAUACUGUACAACAAGCCUCUGCAUUGCUUAGACUGUAAUGUAUUUUUUACUUUAGCACUAACAGUGGUAGUAAUAAAGUGGUUCAAAUAAUUUAAAAAAAGACAGUUUUGUAGCGAGCUCAGUGUAUCGCCUGCCACUGCCCUUUUGUUCGAAUUAGAACUAGAAUACUUGAAUUUCCGCACCAUAAAUGGUCAUUUUCAUUCAGAUCAUCGCUCCCAAGGGAGAACAAUGCAAUGACAAAGGAAAUGUAUAAAUACUGGUUUAAAAAUCCAACAUUAAAGGCACCAGACUACCAUUAAAGUUCUUUGCAUUACGCCUGGUCACAA